AUGACGAGAGUGCCGGCGAUAUUCUUCACGCUUCGUGACAUUGAGCAGUGCGGCCAACCUUCGACUCGAGCACGCCUCACAACUCGCGCGCCGCCGUACAUCGCACCGCUCACGAAACGGAACGACCACAGGGCCUCCGGCUUGCACUCGGCUAUUUCUCGAUCGUUCGAUGGCAUAAUAUUCUUUCCGCCCACAUCACCGCUGAGGCCGCACCGUCACUCCUCCGUUCCGCUGUCCGCUGUCCGGCCUCCGCCCUCCGCAACCUUCAGCCUCGAGCCUGAUCCCCGCCAUCGCCUUCGCAUCCGAGCCGCCCCCCGGCAGCCGCCGCCCGGAACAACCACGUUCUCGAAUUUCGUCGACGACCACCACGCUGCGAGAAUGACGCGCGCACCCUCGCCCCCGGCCUUGGGGGAGCUUCGCAGCCCCAGCUCGCCCGCCGCCCAGGUCAGCGCUCUCAAGCAACUCAAGAAUUUUAUCGUGGGACAUGACCAGAGGAAGGAGCUUGUCGUCCGCAGAGGCAUAAUACCAGAGCUCGCGCGCGUGCUGCAGGCAAACGUCAAGGCGGCGGGCAAGCGGCGGCAGCGCCACCUCAAUGGGGGAGGGGGAGGAGCUUCCACCUCAGCGCCCGCCGCGGAAGGCGCCGAGAGCUGGACGCAGGAAGACGAGGAGCGCUUGCAGGCCACGCUGAUCGUGGGCAGUUUGGCUGUCGGUGGACCACCUUUCGUUGCACCAAUCCUCGCCGGAGACCUCCUCCAACCCCUCCUCGCCGCCCUGUCCCCGAGCGACGCUCCGCCGAAGCUUGUGAUAGCUACCUUGCGCACCCUCAUUUCUCUGGCCUCUGCCACCGGCUCCGUCCUCUUCCCCAAUACCUACCGGGAGCGGAUAGCGCACGAAAUAUACCAGAAGCCCGAUGGGGACUCGUUGACUGAGAUCCUGGCGCAGCGGUCGGCCAUGCGUACGGUGCAGGAGCAGAUCGGUCUGACUGCCGAGUUGAUCUCGAAGACCUGCCGGAAGGAUGACCAUCGCAAUUUCUUGGUCAAGUCCGGGGCCCUGGACCUGCUCUCUUCGCACUUCGCGGCCCACGUUUCGGCGUCGUCGCUGGUGUCCCCAGUUGUGGAGGUCUCCGCCAUAGCAUCGUUCCCGCCGGCGCCGUCGAAAUCGAACUUUCUCCACAUAGUUUCGGCAAUUUCGAGUAUCAUUGCGGAGUCUAGCUACAGGACGGCCCGAUUUUUGUACUCGCAACCCGUUGUCGCCAUUUUCCCUACGGCCAAGCAGAUUUCUGCCUUUGAGAAGUACGGGUUCAUGAUCCAACCGCGAUCGAGUGAUUUCUACAAUACGCAGAACAUUGCUCCUUACGAGUAUAUUUUGCCUCAAUUGCAGGUGGCACAGACCAAGGAAAGCAGCUUCUCGAAGGCAUUCCCUGCCCUUGGAUCCCUCACCGCUCCUGGAGACGGAACAAGGAUAUCGAGCUUCGCUGAUCCGAACGCGCACUCCGCGAAGCAUGUCACAGGGCAAGAAUAUGAGACAGCGAUAUACGCGUGGUGCAUCCGCAUGGCCAGAGAGCACCUUGACGAUGACAGGCUCGUCUUUGUCGAGCUGCUUGCGGAACUGGUCAAGUUCGCGGAGACCAAUCCCAUUGAUAACCGGUCUGAAUACGCCAAGGAGGGGCAACGCCGUCUGUUGGCUGUUCUCAUUGUCCCGUUGCUAGCGAAAAUGGCCGACGAGGGCGACGGCGGCCGCUCGGAGCGCUCCACAAAAGCCAUGAGGCUGAUGGCAGCGCUGCUGGAAUACGACCCGAUUCUGCAGAAUGCUGCUGCGGACUCGGGCAUAAUCAGGAAAGUCUGCCAGGUUCUUAAGAAGUCGUUCGAUGUCGUUGUUGGUGAGCAGUCGAAAGCCUGGUCUCCCAUUCCGUCAUCACCGGACGAGAUGGACAGCCUGGACGGCAUAGAAAGAGCGGACGUUCUUGGCAGCCCCGGCAUACCGCAAGAGGUACACAUCCUGCUGAAGAGUCGGGAGUGUUCGCUGCUCGCGCUUGCAGCUAUCGCGCACAAGGAAGACCCUCACCGGAAGACUAUCAUCGAGAGCGGCGCUGUGGCCUGCAUUGCGGAUUCCCUCAUCCCGUACAAACGCGAGGACGAGGAGAUGGCACGGGGUCCCAUCUUGACCGGCGCUAAGGAUGGGAAUCCCGUACCUGUUCUCAUUGCUGCCUGCAAUGCGGCCAGGGCUAUGUCGAGAUCCGUCAGCGUGCUGAGAACAAGCAUGAUGGACUAUGGUAUUGCGAAGCCGAUAUAUGGCCUUCUCAAGCACCCAGUCAUCGACGUGCAGAUUGCAACGACAGAUGUCUUAUGCAACCUGCUCUUGCAAUUCUCGCCGAUGAGAGAAGACUUAAUCGAGGCAGGUGUCGUCAAGACUCUCUGCGAGCAUGCACAUUCGGCAGAUUCACGGAUACGCUUGAUUUCACUGUGGGCUCUGAAGCAUCUUGUCUUACAGGCAGACAACGAGAUCAAGAUACAGUGCCUGGAAGAGCUUGGUACAGGCUGGCUAAUCAACACCGUCAGCGGAGAAGCUCGGCAGGUGCAGAUGCCUGCCAAGGGACAUCUCCAGCACUCGAGACCAGCCACUCCUUCGCUCAGCAUGGGAACUCCCAAUGCUGCGGGCGAACAGGUCGACCUACUAAAUGCCGUUGAUGAGCCAAGCAUGGAUAUUGACAACGAUACCGGAGCCUCUGGGGAUGAGGACGACGUCAUGGCAGACAGCAUUGGGCUUCUGCGGAACCGCAGCGCCAACUCGAACAGCACAGCCGCUAAGAACAGGGCGAAGCUGCGGGCAAUCAAAGACGCAGAGACCAACCCCAUCAUCCGCGCCCAGAAGGAAGAUCUGCGGACUCAAGAGCAGGCGCUUGACUUCAUCCGCAACCUGAUAAUGACGGACGCCGGCUCUAGCCCUGGCGACAUGAUCGACCACGUCUUACAGACCUUCGGACGAGACCGCUUCUUCGAGAUCCUGACCGCGAAACUGCGGCCUCGCUCGGCGGGCACCACUCCCUUCUCGUCGAGCCAACACUCGAGCGCCUACCAACAACACACAUCGGAAUCCUCCUCUCCCAACCCCCCAGGCGCCACGACCACCGCUCCCGCUCCCGGCACCACCCGCAGCGCAUCAGGCGGCGGCGGCGGCGGAGGAAGCACGUCGGCGCCGUCGGACCUGGCGCACCUGGCGCCGCCGGAGAUAUUGCUGGCGACGGCCUUCAUCGUGGUGCACGUGGCCAACGGCAAGCCGUCGCACCGGCAGCUGGUGAUUGCGCAGGCAGGGCUGAUGCGCGAGCUGCUGCCGCUCUUCGCGCACCCGGACCGCCGCAUCCGCGUGGCGUGCGUGUGGCUCGUCAACAACCUCACGUGGAUCGAGGACGCGUCGGACCACGGCGCGGCGCGGCAGCGGGCGCUGGAGCUGAGGGGGCUGGGCGUCGAGGAGCGGGUGAGGCUGUGUCUGAGCGAUGCGGAGCUGGACGUCAGGGAGAGGGCGAAGACGGCGGUGGAGCAGGUGGGGAAGCUGAUUGAGGGGUUGGGGCAUGGUGGUGGGACUACUAGUGGGACUACUGGUGGGAGCGGGGGUGGAACGCCUGGCGCUGGUGGGAGCGGCGCCUCGUCCUCUGGUGCUGCUUCCGGUGGUGGUGGUGCUGGUGCUGGCAGCGCGGCGUUCAUGGCCGGGUUGGGGGCGACGUCGGCGGCUGGUGGCGGCGGCGGCGGUGGUGGUAGUGGAGGGCAUAGCGCGUGGAGUCAUGAGAGGUAA